CCUGCCAGCACCCCGAGAACUGCACAGCCACCAGCCCCGAGCCCAGCCUCCCUGUGUCCCUCCGGGAGAGGUUGUUGAGGUGACCACCACAUGCCAGCUGCUGUUGCUGCCACACGCUGAGACACCCACCAACACCGACAACAGGGCUGUGGUGGGUCGUGCUGCAGGGCUUUUCUCCCCCGUGAAGGGCUCCGGUUAUGUGGUGAAGACCCUCAGCUCAGAAGCACUUUUUUUUUUCCUGGCUGAGAAAGGUUAUAACUGAGUAGCCCUUAUGACCAACAUGAGCUGGAGCUUCCUAACCCGCCUGCUAGAAGAGAUCCACAACCACUCCACCUUCGUGGGGAAGGUCUGGCUCACCGUGCUGAUCGUCUUCCGCAUCGUCCUGACGGCGGUGGGGGGGGAGUCCAUCUACUCGGACGAGCAGAGCAAGUUCACCUGUAACACCAAGCAGCCCGGCUGCGACAACGUCUGCUACGACGCCUUCGCGCCCCUGUCCCACGUCAGGUUCUGGGUCUUCCAGAUCAUCAUGAUCUCCACCCCUUCCGUCAUGUACCUGGGCUAUGCCAUCCACAGGAUCGCCCGGUCGGCGGAGGAGGAGAAGAAGUUCAAGGGGUUCAAGAAGAAGAAGAAGCAGUUUGCCUUGAACUGGCAGGCGGUGCGCAACGUGGAGGACCCGAUGGAGGCUGACGAGGAGGACCCCAUGAUCUCUGAUGAUGCAGCUGAAAGUGAGAAAGCCAAAGCCCAGCCCAAAAGCAAAGAGCCACAAAAGCACGACGGGAGGAGGCGCAUCCAGCAGGAAGGACUGAUGAAAAUCUAUGUCUUCCAGCUGCUUACCAGGGCUUCCUUUGAAGUUUUCUUUUUGAUAGGGCAGUAUCUGCUCUACGGUUUCGAGGUAGAAGCCUUUUACGUCUGCAACAGAGUCCCUUGCCCUCACACCGUGGACUGCUUUGUGUCCCGGCCGACUGAGAAGACCAUCUUCCUGCUGGUGAUGUACGUGGUGAGCUGCCUGUGCUUGUUGCUGAACAUGUGUGAGAUGUUUCACCUGGGGUUCGGGACCAUCCGGGACGCCAUUCGCAACCGGAAAAUCAACAGCUUCAGGCAGCCUCCCUACAACUAUGCCUACCCAAAGAACAUCUCCUGCCCUCCCGAGUACAACCUGGUAGUGAAAUCAGAAAAAUCCACCAAGAUCCCCAACAGCCUGAUGGCUCACGAGCAGAACUUGGCUAACGUGGCUCAGGAGCAGCAGUGCACCAGCCCGGAUGAGAACCUCCCGGCAGACUUGUCCACCCUCCACAAACACUUGCGAGUGGCCCAGGAGCAGCUGGACAUAGCCUUCCAGAGCUACAGCAGCACCCAGGCCAACACACAGCCUUCUCGAACCAGCAGUCCUGCCUCGGGUGGCACGGUGGUAGAGCAGAACAGGGCCAACACAGCCCAGGAGAAACAAGGUGCUAAACCCAAGGCCUGCUUGGAGAAAGGGAGCUCGAGCAGUAAAGAUGGAAAGACCUCUGUGUGGAUAUAGGUUUGUCUAAAAGGAGAGGGGGCAGCGUCAAGGGGGAGAGGGGGGGUUGUUUUCCUUUGUUUCUGUUUUUUUUGGUAUUGUCUUGUGUUCCUUUCAUGGGGCACAGGCACCAUUUUUAUAUGGAAGUCAAGAGAGAAAAGGAGCUUCAGACCAAUUUAGUGCUGUCUUCCAGUAUGUUUAAAAAAGACAUUUCUUUCCUGUUUCCAAUAUGUUCUCCCAUUGGGAACCUCCAGUGGUCAAGAGCAAACCCUGUGCAUCUCCCACCCCUUCAGACACUGGAGUCCCCAACAGAGACUGGACAAUGUGUUGUGAUGGGAAGUGGAGAUGCUGGAAGCUCAGGAGAGACAUCAGGCCAACAGCAAGCAGCUCCCUCCCUGUAGGUCAGGCAGUGUUUAAUUACUAAAUACCCUUAAUCAAAAUUAAUUUCUGAUCUCUUGAUUAAGAAAACAAAUGACAUAUUGCAUGAACCUCCAUGACACGCUUACAGCUGAUGUCCUGCCUGGAUGGUUAGAUGCUCCCAUUGGAAACGAAGGCAUCAUUGGAUGCUAGAAGGCAUGAGCUGCCACCUACACCAGGUCAAGGGGCAGAAACAAAGUGACUGUCUUAGCUGGGGAGACAUAAAAGCUCAGCACAGCACUGAGGGGUUUUGUCUUUUAUUCCUCUGCAUCGAAACAAAAAGCAAAGAGGAUCAAACCCCACGGCUGCAGGAGUGAGCAGUGACAUGGAGCAGUGACAUGGAGCAGUGAUGCUGAGCAGUGACAUGGAGCCACACCUGGGCUUGCUGCAGAUGGGAUAGGAACGGGUGCAGUCCUGGAGUUCUGAACAAACUGCUGCUUCACAUCAUCCCCAAGUGCCUUCACGCAACCAGGAAAACAAAAUCUGAAAGGGUUUAGGUUUCUUAAUUUGCUGAGCAUUGGUCGAGGUUGGAAGAUCAGUGCUGGCAAAUUUGUUUUGCUGUUUAAUCAAGCCCUUAUAAAAUAGUGGCAGACACAGAUCUAUGCAUCGUGUGUGUGUGUGUGACAUUAUAUAUACAGACACAUACAAAUAUGUGUGUAAAUACAGAGAGAGAGAGAAAUGUAAUUUCAACCCUCUGGUAAUUUUCCAGCCUUCCACCUCCCCUGGGAAAAGCUGGCUGGUCCAGGACUAUGGCUGAUCUCAUCCUGGAGCAGUCUUUGGGCUUCCAGCCUCUCUCCACUUGCUUGGAGGGCUUAGAAGACCUGGCUCCAGUGGGGACAGGACCAGGACAGUGGCAGGAAGUUUUUCUCUACUUUGUAGGGAGUUUUUUGAGCUUGCCGUGGUUUUAGGGUGGUUUUCAUGCAGCUACAGGAAUCUGGGGACAUGUUAAAACCAAGCUGCUGAGCUCCAAGGCUCCUGCUAGUGCUAAGGGUGUGCUUUGUCAGGGUGGUUUCAUCCCGUGUCUCUUGCACAUCUCUUUCUCUUGUGGCUCCUGUCACACAAAAUAGAAAUAAAACCUGGGAGCACAAGAAGCAUCUCCUGGUGAAUGGGGGAGGCUGAAACUUGUCGCUGCCCCAUUCUGCUGCCUCUCAGAGCAGGACUCAUCCCUGAGAUGUUCCCGGGAUGCCUGUGGCUUGGCAGAUGCUCUCACAACCUCCCAAGAGUCCAAUGGUUGAUUCACCACCAUGGAGAGCCCAAUUAGGCAGAGCCUUCAAGAUCAAACCUAACACAAAAGAAGUAAAUCCUCAGCAAACACAGCACCAUCCCUGUGCUGAGCUGUCCCCUCAGGGCCAUUCCAGCCACCCAAAGUCACAUGCAGGUCCCUGUGCCAGUAUUUUUCAUCCACUGGAUCUAUGUGAUUUCUUGCUGGGCAUGUCCUUGAGUUGAGCCCCUGAAAGGCUGAGAGUGCCUGUUCCCCGGGUGGCCAGGCCCUUUGGCCAGUCUUGGGAACAGGCAGAGGAUCUGGGUAUGGCCUUCAGCUCCAGGGAACCUCAGUUGAGCUGUGCCAUUACAGAACAGUGCUGUCAGCAAAAAAGUAGGUUUGAAAAGAAAGCAAAGAAGCAUCCUAUGAGGUAUCCAGCUGCAAAUAUCCAGUGUGGCUUUGUUUAAGUCUGGGGAAGAGUUUCAGGCUUGUUUGUGGUCCUGCUGAAGGCACUGGUAAAGUGCCUGGAGAGCUGCCUCCUCUGGCUGCUAGAGAUCUUCCUCUGGAAAAAGGACAACUUGCAUCCAGGAGGAGGAGCAGUGCAUCCCCCCAGCAGCAGUGGUCAGUAGCAGCACACAUUUGUUGUGUGGAGGGUUGGUGAAUUUUGCACUAAAUGUUCUGAAAGUUCACGCCGUGCUGGUGGGGACACAAACAUAUCCAACCAUGCUCUUGGUCCUUGUCCCACGUGUGGGAAUGUGCUCUCCUCCUGGGCUGGAGCUGCACCAGGCAGUGCAGGAAAGGCUGGUUGCUGCUGCUGGUGGUGCUGUCAUGGAGAGAAAUGCACACAGGUCCCCAGCCCAGGGCUGCUGGGGGGAGAGCAGAGGAGCUGCUGGGUGGGUGAUGACAGCUGCCCAGGGUACAAGCUUGUCCUGCACGUGGGUGUGAGUUCUCAUCUAUCACCCAGCCCUGUGUCCUGAGGGAAACUCUGUUUAAAGCCUUGAUCCCAAGGGAAAGAUGGAAGCUGUGAGGACAGCGAUGGUUGGAUGCUGCCUGAGUUUUUCUGAUGCCUUUGAGAUGAGCAGCAGUGUCACUGCCCCAGAUACACUUGUCCUUCUCACUCAAUGCUGGAAGGCACUGUGCUGGGCAGGAGUCUGGAGCUGGGAUUCCUCCUGCCCAUCCCAGCCACACCUCCCUCAGCCCCACACAUGGCUUGAGCAUUUCCAGAUGGCUCAGAUCAGCUCCUGCUGACCUGCAGAUUCACCAGCCACCACCAAGCACAGGAACAGACCUGUGCCUCCCUUGCCCUUGCUAGGGAACCAUCCUAGCAAACCCCUUCCCCGUGGGGAAAGCACGGGGCAGAUUUUAAGCCAAAAACCCCAGAACCUGAUCACAGGGACCUGAUUGACCCAUUAAACCCAUUUAAUACAUCAGGGGUGUAUCCCCUUCCCCAACAAUAACUGGUCAGUGCCCAAAGGGAGGAGAUCCCAGGGCUCCAUGGCUGCAGGUUCAGAGAUGCUUAGAGCAACAAGGCUGGAGAGGAUCAUGGAUCUUCUCACCAACUUGCCACCACCAAAUGUUUCUUGAAUGGCCAACACAAACCUCCCUCACUUUAACCCCUGGCAUCUCCUCUCCUCAGCAAACAUGGAGAACUUCUCAUGCCUUUAAGGUCUGCAGAAGCUUUGGGGUGUUUGAAGACUGUUCUCAUCUCCCUCAAGUCUGCUCUAAGUUAAACAAUUCCUGUCUCCCUCACCUGUCUCCAAGGGAUACUUUUCCAGCACAGUUUUCCUUGGUGUCUUUGAGCCACCACCAGCUAGUCCAUGUCUUCCCAGCACUGUAGCAGCACUGGCCCUUGGGCCAGCUUGCCACUCUGCUCCUCUUCACGUCCCCAUCUGCCACACUGGUCCUUCCUGCAACCUCACCUUCCGCAGGCAUGGGGAUUGCUCUUCUCUGAAUUUGUGUGCUUGCCUGGCCAGGACCUUCCUGCCCUCCUCCAGACUCCCCUUUUCUUAUUUUCACACCUCAGGCACAGGGCACCAAGGGAGCUUUCAAUGAUCAGUUGGUCCUGCAGCAGAUUGGCAGCCGCCUCCCGGCUGGUGUCACCGUCACAUUUAACACUCACACGCUGUUUUCCACAGUGAGAGUCAAUACUUGCAAUAUUGACAAGUUCCAGAGCCAGGACAGACUCUUGGGCAAUCAAUACAACCUCCUUGUUGGGCAGAGAGACAGAGUAACCUCUCCCUCAGCCAUCCUUCCAGCCAGCCCUGAUCAUCUGUGGGGCCUGAAACACUUCCUUGCAUAAAAUGCUUUGUGACUGGGAGCUGAUCUUGUUUUCUCAGGUUUUCCAAGCAUUUUGACAGGGACAGAAGAACAAGGGCACAUUCCUGGCAGGACUGGCCCAGUGCUGUGAGCUGCCUGGGAGAGAUGCAGUUGCCUGCAAGGUCCCAGCCAGCCUGGAAGACACUGUUGACUCCUCUGACCCUGGGGAGGAGGCACCCCAGUUCUUCCAGAUCCCAUCUGAGCCACACACAGGAGCCAGCAUGAGUCAGACAGCCCUAGAAAUACAAAGGGUUAUUAUUACACACAAUGAGUUGCUCAUUUCCCCCUUUCCCCCUCCACUCCUUGGCCUCUAAAGCCUUCAGGAUGUUGUGUCUUUCCAUCGAGUCACUGCCCCAGAGCAUCAGUGUCUCUGCAGGAACGACUCCCUUCAGGGCAGGAGCAAAAAUACCCCCUUUAUCAUGGCAGUUUGGGGAAGGAAAGGAGGCAAAAGAAGAACAACCAUAAGCAAAAUCCCCAUCACAACCACUACAAGCCAGAGGGGUGGCUCAAAGAAUUUCAGCUGGACAGGCAGUGUCAGCCACGGGAGGAAUGCCACUAGUUUAAUUAAUGCUUUGCUGUGGUUUUCCUACAGGUUAAUAGUUUUCUUCACACACAGGACAGGUUUAGCUUUGUAGCUGAACUAAUACUAAAUGAUGACUCUCUUGCUAAACUUGGUCAGAUAAAGUGCCCAGACUUUUAUUUCUAUUCUUACCAUUCAGGGCCAGGAAUGUCCCACAUAAAAGCCAGAUUACCUUGUUGCUUGCAUUGCAUUCCACUGGGAAAUACUUGAACUUUACUCAAGGCCAUAACCAGUCUGUGCUGUUAGGAAGUUUCUGGGAUCAUUAUUUUUUCUGUUGUUGUUCUUUUUUUUGUUCUUUUUUUUUUUUUUUUAUGUACUAACUGUCUUUGUACUAGAAAUUGUUUGAGGUUGAAUCUGUAAGUAUUUUUUCAGUGUAAAUGUUCCAUCUGGACUGUAGUUAGAAUACUGAACACUGGUCAAAAGAGGAAGAUACAUCAGUCCAACUCUUCAACUGGUUAUUCCACAUCCUUUACUAAUAAAAUGGAAUAAAACUUACAUUUUGUUACCAGA